CUUUCUCAGCAAACGACCUCAAUUAGAACCUACUGUGAUUCUACUGUAGGAACACAAUGUCUGAGUUCGUAAGACCUGCCCUACCACCUGGCUUCCAACAAGACUCCCCAGAGAGCCCUCCAGAGACCAGCUCCUAUGGCCCCUCUCUCCCACCCUCUACCAGUCCCCCCCUUAGCAGCCUUGAAGUGCAGACCAGCUCCUAUGGCCCCUCUCCCCCGCCCUCUACCAGUCCCCCCCUCAGCAGCCUGGAGGUACAGACCAGAGCCGAGCCAAGUGGAUACGGCCCCUCUCUACCCCCUCUCUUUGAGGACGAUAGCGUCAGUGAGGAAGACAACGAUGGACGCAAUGUAUUGGGCCCGGCACUGCCUCCUUGGUUCGGGGGUAGCAAAGAAAGAGGAGAUGUAGCUGGUCCUAUGCUACCACCUGGGUAUGAAGGCAAUAUAGAAGAAGAAGAAGAAGAAGAAGACAGCGUGAUUGGCCCUCUACCAGCGCAUAAAACAGAGGGUGAUGAAGAAAGAGCUAGAAUCAGAAAGCAGUUUGAGUCUCGGUCCAAAGCUAUGAAGGACAAGCUCACAGGAAAGGACAAGGAAGGGGAGGGGGAAGCUCAGAGAGAAGGCUGGAUGCUGGAACUCCCUAAAAAGUUCAAACCAUCCGGAGUGGGCCCUCGCAAGUUUCGUACCGGAGUGACUGACCUUGGAGACCGCUCAGUGUGGACUGACACACCGGCAGACAAACUCAGGAAGGCAAUGAAAGUACAAGAAAAGGGAGCAAAGAAAGAAACUAAGGAGGUUCAGAAGUCGGCCAGAGACAAGAAGCUUGAAGUCCUCGUCAAUGAUCACAAUGAAAAGAAUCGCCCUGCGUCACUGAUGUCUAUGCACAGAAAGAGAAGAGCUGAUGAUCUGAAGGAGAGAGAUGGCGGUAGUGGGGGGGUGAAGGAGAGGCGACCAUUUGACAGAGAUAUUGACCUGGAGGUCCGCCCUAACCUAGUCACACCUGCCAAGAGGAAGGCUCUCAUGAAAGACUCUAAAUACUCUCUAGAUAGCAAAUUCACACAUGGUAGCAGCUCAUUUCUAUAGGCAUAAAUUAUAAAUAUUUGCUCUUAACUUUGAAUCAUAUCAUGUUAUUGCUCAUUCAA